GUUAGCAGGGUAGACUGAGAGGAAAGCCAGCGGAGAGUCAGAGCGCAGAGGGGGGGUGCCGCACACUUCUCGUCCAGCGUGGGACUAUUCUGUCAAAAUAACCAUAAUAAUAAUAAAAGUUGAGUGAACCAUAUUCGCCGAGAGCUACUAGGAUGCGAUCCAAAGCGACUUUCUUCACUCUUUUAUUUCGCUCGGACUUGACUGAGCGAUAGAGGAGUUUCGGGUAGUUUUUUUUUCCUCGCUCGUGCUUUACGCGAGCUGUCUGCAGCCGGGACGAAGUGAGUAUUUACAGGAGGCAGAUCAGUGUGGCUCCGGCGCUUUACUCCCUCUGUCCUGCUGUCACCCUACAUAAACCACAUGUAGCCCGGUUUUCGUCGUCCAGCCCAGAAAAACAAGACAACGCAAUGAGAGCUCAGAUCGAGGUCAUCCCCUGUAAGAUCUGCGGGGACAAGUCCUCAGGAAUCCACUAUGGAGUCAUCACCUGCGAAGGCUGCAAGGGUUUCUUCCGUCGCAGCCAGCAGAACAAUGCCAUGUACUCUUGUUCCCGCCAGAGGAACUGUCUGAUCGACCGGACUAACCGCAACCGCUGCCAGCACUGCCGCCUACAGAAGUGUCUGUCUUUGGGCAUGAGCAGAGAUGCGGUCAAGUUUGGUCGCAUGUCCAAGAAGCAGCGUGACAGCCUCUAUGCUGAGGUGCAAAAACACCAAAAGUCCCAGGAGUGUGUGGGCUCCGGAGGCGGGGGCUCUACCACUCUGUCCUUACCCAAGGAGGAAGGUGUCUGCGGCGGCGGCGAGGAGGACGGUGAAGAGGCUCUGAGCCGGUCCUACAGCACCGGGGGCUCCAGCUCUACCCUCAGCGACCUGGAUGACAUCGUGACGCUGCCUGACCUGUUUGACCUGCCGCUGACCCCCGAGGAGGCCAGCGAGUUCUGUAGCCUGGACCUGCUCAGCAGAGGGGCCAGCACAGGGAACACCUCCAACUCGUCGUCCUCUUCUUCCUCUUCCUCAUCCCUGUCCAAUCAGAAUUCCCCGCAGCAGACUAUGCUGGACGGGGCAGACAGCAACGGGAUCCAGCUCCUGGGACACAUGCUGGACCAUCUGCCUGAUGACUGCUCAAUAACAGACCUUGAGCGCAUCACUCAGAGUAUUGUAAAAUCUCACUUGGAGACAUGUCAGUACAGCGCUGAAGACAUGAACAGAUUCACCUGGGCACAGUACACACCUGAGGAAACCCGUGCUUUUCAAAACAAGUCAGCUGAGUGGAUGUGGCAGCAGUGUGCACACCACAUCACCAAUGCCAUUCAGUAUGUGGUGGAGUUUGCCAAACGCAUUGCUGGCUUCAUGGACCUCUGCCAGAAUGAUCAGAUUAUAUUGCUGAAAGCAGGCUGCCUGGAAGUCCUGCUGAUUCGCAUGUGCCGAGCUUUCAAUGUCAACAACAGCACCAUUUUCUUCAAUGGAAAGUUUGCCCCGGCUCAGUUCUUCAAAGCACUUGGGUGUGACGACCUGGUUAGCGCAGUGUUUGACCUGGGAAAAGGACUCUGCCGUCUACAGCUGUCAGACGAAGAGAUGGCUCUGUUUAGCGCUGCCGUCCUUCUGUCUCCUGAUCGAGCCUGGCUAACAGAAGGCCAAAAGGUUCAGAAACUCCAGGAGAAAGUCUACCUGGCACUGCAGCACAGUCUACAUAAGAGUGUUGAUUCUGACGAGAAACUGGAGAAGAUGGUGUCCAAGCUGCCCAUAAUGAAGUCUAUCUGUAACCUCCACAUUGACAAACUGGAUUUUUUCCGUUUGAUCCACCCAGAGACCGCCUACAGUUUCCCACCACUGUACCGGGAAGUGUUUGGCAGCGAGUUGUCCCUCCCGGACUCCACCGACAGCUAGACAGACAGGCAGGCAAACGAGAGAGAUGGAGAAAGUGUAUUAAGAGGUAGGGAAGCAAAAGGAGAGACAGAGUAGGAUAGAGAUGUUGAAGCUCAACAACCAGCAGUUAAAGAGACAAUCCAGAACUUUAAAUACUCCGUCUCCCAUGAUCCCAAAGUAGUCCUCCACUUUCCCAGCAGGCAAAAGCACCUUACACUACAGACCACACAUGCUCAUGGUCCUCUGCAUAUUUGUAGCAUUAGAAACAAGCGACUGAGCGUCAUAAAAAUAACACAGCUUACUAAGCAUGAGACGGCUCCAAGCUCUAACACUUUUCGAACAUCAGAUCCACUGUGGAUCGCCCAACCAGUUAUGAAUGUACCUCAUCGAUCAGCACCAGUGCACAAGCCAGAACCUAAAAGUGAAUGUACAACCCUGCCACUCUCAGACAGAGUUUUACGCAUAGUAUUAGAAAGAGGUCGUGUUGGUCAACAGGUCUCACUAUUAAUACAGCUGUCAGUCAAUAUUUCUCUCAAUACUAACACAUCUCAGUAUGGUACGCAUGCGUAUUCAUACAGACAAUAUCUUCGUACUGACCAUCACUUAGGGACCAAGAUCAUGAGUCAUUUUCUCUGAUAUAAAAAGAAACAAACAGAUGCGAUGUGACUCACGGCUUAGGCUGACCUCCUUAAUCAGUUGAGAACCAGUCUCACACACAUUUAGACAGUGUUCGGUGCUGCCUCUUUGCAGGCUCUUGUAAUGCAAUGAGAAACCUCAGUCCCACACACCCCUUCCCUUGUAAAUGCCACUUAGAGAGACAGGACAAGAUGAAAUUAUCUUUAAUUUAUAUACACAUUUAUAAACAAAUAUUUUAAAUAAGAAUGUAAAUAGAUGACUAUAUAAGUAUAUGGAGAGAGUUAAGAUGUGUGAGAGAAAGGGAGAGAAAAGAGGACAGUAAGAUGGAGAGAGGGGGGAGAUGGAUGCUUCAACGAAGGCUGAUAUUUGGACUCUUUGGACUAUUUCCUCUCUUGAUAGUACUCUCAGGUUUCCACGGCAACAACCCUGUCUUGUCCUGACCACAAACUAACCCAGCUGGGUUAGGUGCGGUCAUCACACAAGCAAUGGGGUGGACUCUUGCUGCCGAUGCCACACAGCAGGGGAGGCAGUGUACCCAAACAAAGGCGAAAUGGCAUUGCCUUUGUCCUUCAUUUUAACUGAAAGCUUUCAGAUUGCGCUAUUGCUGCCUUCCCCCCCUGCAUAAAGAGACAAAAGGACACUAAGGAAAAGAGAAAUCAAGGCAGAAGAUGACUUCUUGAACUGUAUAAUAAAAGGGGAUGCGCAGGUUCUUACCACCUGUUUCUAACCAGCAGUCAGGACAGUAGGUGUGGUAUAAUUGUCUUUCACUCAUAUUGUUUCCGUUGGCCAGAAUGACGAUGAUCCAUAAAAUGUAUCAUAAACCCUCCUCGCUGGUUGGAACAACUGUAUUAUUUUGUACAUUUGCUGUUCCUCUCUCCUUCAGUCCCAAGCACUUGUUGGAAUACCAAGCACUUAAACUUUCCUCUUUCUCACUGGACACUAGUCUAAGGCCAGACAGAGCUACCAGCUGCCCCCCUGAGUUGGGCCUCAACGCCAGUAAGACUUAAUAGUUCUCCAUCAAUCUGUUUGAUUGUUGUUGUUUUUUUUUAAUUCCAUAUCUCUCACACAAAGUCACCCAGAACUGUUUACACCUGUCAUGUACAUAAAUAACACACAUUCUGAAGGUUGUCAUAGCAUUGAGAUGAUGAUGAUGAUGAUGUCUUACUUGGGGUGCUGUGAAGUUUCUGAGCAGAGUCCGAGGACCUGCCGCCUGCCGCUCAGGGAGUUAGCUGUGAUCUCUUGUCCCUUUAUUGCCAGUGUCGUCUUUUAGCCUUGUGCUCCUCACACCUUUGCACCUAAGAUGAGACCCAUAACCAUAAUCACUGUGGAAGUAAGUUCUAUUUUUGUGAAUGUUACUCACAAAGUGUCAAAGCCCUUCCUGUUUGUCCUAAUAUUGUAACAUUAAAUUUACGUGACAUAGGAAUUUAAAAAAACAAAUCAGUUAGAGUUAAAGAUGAAUUUCAUUAUUGGGGUUUAAUGUUUCUUUUGCUGUGAUUUUCAUUUAUUCGUCAGUCUUUUAUCCACCUUUUUCUUCACGUGUCUCCACUUUUGUCUUGUAAAGUCAGUGAUCUAUUUUUUUUAAUUGAAGAAAGAUUAGGAAAAGUACAAACAAAAAAUAGUUUGUCUCCCUUUUCUUUACCUGUAUGACAAAAUGUACAAGAGGUAUAUUACUAGUCCAAGAGUAACAGUCACACAGCGCGAUAUAUAUUGUUGUCCAAUGGGAUACAUUAUAUGUGGUUUUAAGAAUGUAAUAAAUGGUUUCUUUUUCUUUUGAAAUGUU